AUGUCGGAUAUAUCUCUGGCAUCGACUCUGAAGGAUAGCGAGUCGCCCCAACCCGUAUCGCUACCCCAGCCAGAGCUUCCCCCGACCUUCCAACACAAGACCCUCUCCGCCGUCUUUCCCUGCCUCUUCUCCCUCGCAUCCUUGUUUACCGCGCUCAGCGGGCAACAGUUUCCAAAACCCGAUCAUCCGCCAGAGUUCCAGCAGUUUGUGCAUACAACAUUAUGCGCAUUCUCCUGUGAAGAGUCAGCUCGCAAAGUCCGUUGGGACGAUAGGAAAGUGCUCGUGCAUCAGAGGACCCAUGAUGCCGUCAGUGGAAUCUUGCGUGAGAUCCAUGAUAGGAAGAAGGGCAGUAGUGUUCUUCUGCAAGUAACUGACAAGGUGAAGCAAUAUAAUUCUGGCGUCAACCUCCAACGUCCGUUCGUGAUGAACCAGCAUAUUCACAGCCCAGCUGCGGUUUUCGAGCAGCCUAUGUGGAUGUCUUUGCGCCACAAUAUAGGUGACAUUGCAUUUCGCCAGCUCAUAGUCCAUUCCUCCUUGUUCAUCCUGAUAGACAAUAACUGCUUCCUCCAACUCAGUGGAGAGCCCCUGAACGAUAUCAAUCUCUCAAACAUGCCCCCUUUUGCUCAAACGGCUGCUCCUAGAGUACGGCAAAGUAAAUUGUCGAAGCGAGCAAUACAGGCACUCAAGAGAAAGCGGGAGGAAGAGGUGGCUACGAGUGAAGAAGGGGUGAUGGAGGGCAGGGAAUCAAAAGAUGCCAAGGCGCCAUCACCCAAGAAACACAAGCUUCAGUUAUCAUCCAUGGGUAUUCAACGUAAUCGCAUGUUUUACGGUAAACCCUAUCAGGUCGCUGGCAAACACCCGUCUCGUGGUCUGCCUCCAAACCACAUCCUGAACACUUGCAAGCCUCCCUCCGACGAAAUGCCCAAAGACCUAGAAUGUCUAAAGCUUCUAGCUGUCAUAUUCCCCAGCAUGCUAACGCUCGAAGAAGGCCGAGCGCCCAAAGUUAAGGGGUCAAACGAGAGGCUGAAAAGAAUGGCAGGUAUUGCGAGGGAGAUGUUGGUGAGGCACAGCCGGGCGAACUAUCACCGGAUAUUGAAGGACUGUAUGGUAAAGCUCGAGAAGGAGACUCCUUACCCGUGUUUACCACCCGACUCUGCCAAAGAAGACUCAUCUAUACCCGUGACCCAGAACAUCCCCAGUAGUGGCAGCGAGCUUCCGAAACCUCCCACAUCAUCCCGACUAGCCUCGGGGAGGAAUGGACCCGAGCCUCCGCCGCCUUUAGAGCCUAAAACGCAGCGACAGGUGUGCUGGUUUGUGAGAAGAGUCAUCAAGGCGCUCUUCUCGACAGUCAUACUUGGAUCCCAACACAAUCAAGAUGUCAUCCUCGCCAGCACUCGACGGUUCGUCACCAUCUCUCAGCACGAGACCGUAUCGAUACAUUCCAUCCUCCAAGAUAUCCGUAUCAAUGACUUUGAAUGGUUGGCGUUGGGGGAGAAGGGCAAGAGGGUCAAUCAGGCGGAGAUGGAGAAACGGCGGAUGUUGGUUGUUGAUCUGCUCAAGUGGAUCUUUGAGGGCUUUUUGAUUCCUCUUCUCAAGAACACUUUCUACAUUACUGAGAGUGCGAAUACCAAAUACGAGACUGUCUAUUUCACACACGACGAUUGGUCUCACGCCGCCAAGCCCCACUUUGAAGGCCUCAAGGAGAAGCUUCUGGUAUCUCUAACACAAGCCGAGAAAAUAGUGGCUGAAUCACGCAAAAUCGGCGUUUCUGUCGUUAGGCUGAUACCAAAGCCUACUGGUUUCAGGCCUAUCGUCAAUCUCGGGCGCCCCGUGAAUAUCAGAGGCGACAGAGCCGGCGACAAUACAAGACCAGUCAGCAAGUGGGAUAUGAAGAGUACCAAUGAUUUACUCCGUGAUCCUCUUUUGAUUCUAAACUAUGAAAAGACGCGAAAGAGAAGCCUCUUGGGGGGUGCGUUGUUUGGGACAAACGAUUUUGUCCCGCACAUCCAGCAACUGAAGAGCGAUCUCUACAAGAGACAUGGGAGCAAGCUGCCCAAGCUAUAUUUUGUCAAGAUGGACAUCAAAGCAGCGUUCGACACGAUCAAGCAGGAUCGUGUGCUUGAAAUCGUCGAGGAGAUACUCGAUCAGGAUCAUGACUACUGCAUCAUGAUGUAUGGCGCCCUUUUGCCCCCGGGGAACGAAAACCGAUCGAAAGCACCUAGGAAGCUAUACAGAUCCAAAGCUGUUGCUGAUAACAUGCUCCACCCCACUUUUGCAGACCACGCCCGGGAGAUCGUCCAGUCUAUGCGAAAUGCUGCGAUGGUCGAUCUCGCUCGCAGGAGAACCGUCAAGACGGCAGAUGUCAUGCGACUUUUGAGGGAGCAUAUCAAGGAGAACACUUGGCAGAUGGGCAGAAACCUGUACCGGCAAAAGACUGGAAUCCCCCAAGGAUCCAAAGUCAGCAGCGUCCUCUGUGCAAUGUUCUACUCUUACCUCGAGAACGAACACCUAGACUGGGCUCAACAAAAGUAUUCGCUCCUGCUGCGAUACACCGACGACUUUCUCUACAUCACCGACAACCCCCAGCUCGCCGCACGCUUCGUCAAGGAGAUGUUUCGCGGCUUUCCCGACUAUGGCGCGCAUAUAUCGCCAGCCAAAACCCUGCUCUCGUUUGAGUGUGUGGUGAAUGACCUGAAGCUGCCGGUCGCGGAUGUGAACCAGGAGGGAGAAGUCGAAUUCCCAUAUUGUGGUUUCUUGAUCAACGUCAAGACGCUAGAGUUGAAGCAGGACUAUACCAGGAUGGUCGGUCAUCCCAUCAAACAUUCUUUCGCAUUGAGAUCGAUGAGCAAAAAGCACUCCAACUUGGUCACAUGGCUGUGUCGUCAAUUGCAGAACCGAAAUCAAAUUGCUCACCUCAAUACAGCUUUGAACAGCCUCGACACAGUCCUGUUCAAUGUUGGGACCAAUUUUGCGUUUGCCGCCAUGAAGGUGGUAGUGUAUCACAAAGGCCACGAUAUCGACGAAAGACUCCACAAGCAUAUAUUCAAAUCUCUGGUGGCAGCAGCCGACUAUACAUACUUUGCUGGACGAGCUCGUGUCAAACACUACGCCCAAGUGCAAACAGUAGACAAGCCUCGAGAAGAGGUGCCGGUGCGCAAGAGUGAUUUUGACUAUGUCGCCUUCAAGUGUAUGUCGAGGGUGCUGCGCCGUAAAGCAUCCAAGUACAAGACGGUCGUCGAUUCGAUUGAGGAAUUGUUGAAAAGACGGAUAUAUCGCAAUGCGCCCAGUCGAUGGGAUCGUGUGGUAGACCAGUGCUGGGAAGCCGUAGGAGACGCUGUAUAUUAG